GUGCAAAUAUUAAUUAAAUGUAUUUUUUUAUUAUAAUUGAAAGUUAUAAACCAUUCCUUCAAUCGAACACGUUACUCUAGCAUCGAUUAUCAUGCGUACUGGAUUUUAGGCGUAUACGACAAGUAUUCAUGAAUCAGUAUCCGUCAGAAGAAAUGUAUAUUUCUUGAUAAAUACAUAUAAAUACAUACGGUAGAAUAUAUUAUAACCGAUAGUGCCGGACAUAGAUGUUGUUUACACAGUGUUUCAUUUUCUUUUGACAUUUCGCAUUAUUUGCUUGUUAUAUUUAAAGAUUAUGAACUAUAAUUUUAACGUUUAAUGAUAAACUUAAAGUUGUAGGCAAUAUAAAAAAUAUCAAUAUGCAGACAAUAAAAUGUGUUGUAGUAGGGGACGGUGCUGUGGGUAAAACAUGCCUUUUGAUUUCGUAUACUACAAACAAAUUUCCAUCGGAAUAUGUACCUACAGUAUUUGACAAUUACGCGGUAACAGUAAUGAUAGGAGGUGAUCCAUAUACUUUAGGAUUAUUUGAUACUGCUGGUCAGGAAGAUUACGACAGGCUUAGACCUUUAAGCUACCCACAAACGGAUGUAUUUCUCGUAUGUUUUUCAGUAGUAUCACCAUCUUCUUUUGAAAAUGUUAAAGAAAAGUGGGUACCUGAAAUAACGCAUCAUUGUCAAAGGACUCCUUUUCUACUCGUUGGUACUCAAAUUGAUUUAAGAGACGAUGUCGCGACCACCGAAAAAUUGGCAAAAAAUAAGCAAAAACCAAUAUCGGCGGAGCAGGGCGAGAAGCUGGCUAAAGAAUUGAAAGCAGUAAAAUAUGUGGAAUGUAGCGCGCUUACACAAAAAGGCUUGAAGAAUGUAUUUGACGAAGCUAUCUUGGCUGCACUGGAACCUCCAGAACCAGUAAAGAAGAGGAAGUGUAUAAUCCUGUAAAACGAGCAUUAUUUGGUGAAGGAAAAGGAGGGAUGUAUGUUCAAGAUGGGAAAACAAAGCGACGAGUGAAAUAGCGAGCGGCGAAUUUUAUACGUAGUAUAAAGCACUGUUAAAAAAUGAAAAAAUAUGUGCUUACAUGGUUCCUUGUUGGGAAAACAAAUAUUAAUCUAUGGAAACUCGUUAAGAGCCGCUAAUAUUACAGCGCGACAAUUCGAAUCGUUAUUCGUACGAUUAUAUCGCGAUCGCGACCACAUUCCACAACGUAACAUCUUUAUCGGCUUUUCGAAAUUUUUCUUAAGCGAAUGCUGCACAAACAUUUUUUAAUUCGUUAAACUUUGUCUUGAAAAUUUAUACGUUGUUCUACGGCAAGCGUUGUUCUACAAAUUUCAUCAAACAAGUUUGUAUCGUCUAAAAUAUUUUUGGCAUUUUUAUCGGUGCUAUCGAUUAAUGAUAUUUUGCGUGUUCGAUGCAUCGUGAUGGCAAAACGAACGAGUCAUAGAUUAAAAUAUGCGUCGAAUAGACCAAGAAUCAAAGUUUUCAUGAAAGGAAAAUCAGUGUUCGUUUUUAAUAUUAGCGAUACCAGUAUUAGAAACUUUACGAAUGUGUAGACGUACGAUACACGUAGGUACAUUAUAUAGAUACUUGUACUUUCGAUUGCGGGAUGAAUUUGCAAAUACUUUGAAACGUGCAACGAUAAUUUUUGAAUUCUGUGCGGCAGCUACGUCAAGCAGAAAAUUUUUGCAGAAGCACGUCGUUGUUUUCAUAGACUUUUCACACCUGAUUUUGUACAUAUCAGCGUUCGUUACGAUACAUACUGGUACGAGAAACGUAAAGGACUGAUUGCGAGAAGCGAAUGGUAAUCACUGGCAUUUAUACCUUGUAAAAUUCGAUCGGUAAAUUCGUUGGUAAUAUCGUUCGCGUUAUACGCGAGUACGACGAUCUUGCAAAAGCGAUUGCAACGUUCGAUGAGCAGUACACGCGAUUAGGCAAGCGAAAGUAACGAACUGGUCGAAAGGAGCGUCGAGCUCGUUCUUCGUCGCUCGCGCGUUUAUUCGCUAUUUAUUGAACGAACAUGACUAUUAUUCGGUGAACAAAGAAUCGAUGCCUAAAGUUUUCUUUUUCAUUAUCUCUUUUUUCAUAAACUUGAACGUCGCGUAAAGUGGAUAACGAGAAUUCUUAAAACGGUGGAUAAGUUUUCGUUCGAUCGUUUCGAAGAGAACUCGUUCGCUCGACAUCGCGUAAAGAGACGAGCGAAAACGUCUAGCAGGAUCGAUUUUGACACGCGAUAUUCAUUGACGAGAAGGUGGCAUUUAUUAACGCUAUACGUGUCACGAUACGUAGACGCAAUCGCAUUACAAAAUAUUCACAUAAAUAUAUUUAUACUACGCAUAA